CAUUGAUAGUGGCAAACAAAACAAAAUUUUGGAGUUUCGUUGAUUACUUCAGCAUCUACGAAUGAGCAAGGGCUUAAGGACCACAAUGACUUUCUGGUACAAGAGUUGUUUGAGGUUUUGACCAAUUCUUCGUCAGGUGGCAGAUUGGCUAAAAAUAUUUAGUGAGCAAACUGGAUUUGCUCAUCAUCGUAUUCCAUACCAAUAGGUAGCUUAAACUUCAAAACAACCUGGAAUAAGUUUCACAAAUAAACACGAGUCGAAAUGCAUUCGUUAUGUCUGACAGAAUAACGACAAAGAACACUUCAAUGGCAAAUAGGACACCUUUAUUACCUUGUCAACAGAACUUAGGGAAAUAAUUUUUCCAUUUGGCUUCUUUGGUGUUACCUCAGAGUCAGAUUCAUCGUCCGAAAUAUUACGAUGACUGAAGCGGGAGUGGAUGGAGUGCUUACACCUUUGGGUAGCCUUGGUUUCUUUGUUGGAGUCACAAAUUCGGCGGUCUCCUUCAAUGACAGGGAACCUAUGAUUAAUAAAUUAACUAGAAUGAAUUUCAAUGGUUAAAGAGCUAUUAGACAUACCACAAGCUUGGACGAAGAGCGAGUAAUCCUCCUAUUCUCCAUGUUGUGCCUCUAAGCUUUAGUCUGUACUCAAAAUUGCGACAAAGAAGGAUAUGGAACCACUGCCCUUCGCUGAAGAUUAAUUAUAUAUACAAGGUUACAAGGAUAAAAUGUGGCGGCAUAUUUUUCCCGCGGAAAAAUAGUUAGGGUUUAGUCUAAGGUACAUGAACUUGGGAUAAAUAUGGGUAGUUAUUAAACCUAAAAAUAAAAUAUAUUUUGUUUUUUGAUUGAAUAAAAAAUUGAGUGCUAUUAGUAAAUGUUCGCUCAUAGUAAAUAUGGGUAGUACACAGAUAUAGUCAGUUGGCGUUUGGCUUUACUUUAGCAUUCCUUGCCAUUUUAAAUAUUUUCGUUAUUUCUGAAAAUGGUAAAGAAAUCACUAUGAUUCGGUUUAAUGGGGAUAAUUAUUAAGUGGCCCAUUCAAGCAUUAAUUCGGCCAUCAUUCCCAGUAGGGUUUUGUAAUCUACAUCGUUGCAAUAUUGAAAAUUUCCCGCAGUGACAAUGACGUCGGAGGCAGACCCACCAUUGACAUUGGAGGCAGUCCUACUAUUGACGUCGGAGCCGUCCAAGAAAACGAUGGUGGCGGAGCCAGUCACACCACCCAGGAAGAUAAUGUCCCCGAUCUCAUAUUUCGACAGCCUAGAGAUAUUAAAAAAAAUGAAGUUCGAUGAUACAGAAGAAACCUAUGAUUUCUACAUGGACUACGGGUUAGUCAAAGGCUUUGACAUCAGAAAAUCAGACAUUGGUCGUGAUAAGAACCAAGUUAUGAUAUGGCGUGACUAUGUAUGCUCUGGCGAGGGAAAGAGGCGCAUGAAAAGCACAGAACGAAAGAGAGAAGCAAGAGGGUAGACCUGAUUUAACUGCAGAGCCAAGAUGCGUGUUAAACACAACAAGGUCGAUGGGAAGUGGUAUGUGCACCAGUUUGAUGAUGGACACACACAUGAAACGAUCCCCAGAGAAUAUAGACACUACAUGAAAGGGAAACGUCGUAUGAGUGAUGCAGUCAAAGCAGCGAUAAAUUUUAGAAGAGCUGCAGGUAUGAAAACUUCUCAAAUUGUGAAUCUGGCCGUAUCAGAAGCAGGAGGCUACGACAAUUUGGGGUACACGAGGAAGGAUGCAUAUAAUUACAUGGACAAAGAGAGGAAAGAACAAAUCAGUGAAGGUGAUGCCGCAACAGCCCUAGCCUACCUGCAAGCUAAAUGCGGCGCGGACGAUCAUUUCGUUAUUGAACUAAAGAAGGAUGAUGACGACCGGCUUAUUAACAUCUUGUGGGCCGAUUAUCCCGAGCAAGCUAAAAUAACCCUAGCAGUUUACAUAAUCUAACUUAUUUUUUACCUUUUUAGGUUACAACCACCAUUGGCAAACUUGUGUAUUUGCAUGUGCUUUCUUGGCUAACGAGAGAGAGGAAAAUUAUAUUUGGGUGUUGGGAGCUUUGAAGAGAAGGCUAGGUGGUGUAGAUCCCAAGACUAUUAUUAUAGAUGGGGAUAAAGCAAUGCGUAAUGCUAUUCAUAAAGUAUUUCCCGAUGCAACACAUCGUCUAUGUUCCUGGCAUAUAGACAAAACUAUAACCAGGAAUGUGAAGAAUCAUCCUACUUUUUUGCCCCGAUGGAAGCAUUUUGUGUCAGCUGAUUGGGAACCUUCAGAAUUCGAAGAAAAGUGGAAAUCAAUGGUUGAGGAAUGCUCUCUUCAGCACAACAAUUGGGUCUCCAAUUUAUUUGAGAAAAUACAUGAAUGGGGGUUUACAUAUUUGCUUUCGAAGUUCUUCGCAGGCUUGAGUACAACAUCAAGAUGUGAAGGACUGAACUCUCAACUUGCCAAUUAUAUCGAGAAGGAUAAAAAUCUCCUUGAGUUCUUUAUUCACUUUGAUCGUUGGACUAGGGAUAUGAGGGAGAAUGAGCGUCAUGCUGAUUUUGAAUCCAUUCAUCGAGAACGAACCAUCACAAGCAAUGUCUUAGUCCCACUUUAGAAGAGUGGAGCGGCGGUUUUCACAAAGAACGCAUUCUUCUUAUUCAGAGACGAGGUUGAAAAGUCGGCAUGUUGCAUAAGGGUGGAAUCAGAGCGAUCGGAAAUUGAGCGUGUGUACAAGGUCAAGGUGUCUGCCAUGGAUAAGGUUUUUCAAGUCACGCACACAGUUGAACCCUUUGCAAUGGAGUGUAGUUGUAAUCGCUACGAUUAUAUGGGAAUACCAUGCCGUCAUAUGAUUUUUGUACUGAAAGAAGAGAGCAUACUAGAACUUCCUGAAGGCCUAGUCCAUCGAAGAUGGUCAAAGAAGCCGAAGACACUAGAGAGCUUGAAGGAACCGGACAUAAUAGAUGAAUCGCAACUUU